AUGGGUUUACUUCGUCUGCCUUCGUUGAUGCACAAUGUGAAGCACAUUCUGAGAGCCAAGUCCUACAACCAUGAAGUUCCGAAAGGGCAUGUUGCAAUUUAUGUGGGAGAGCAAAUUGGGAAGAAGAGGUAUGUGGUGCCGGUGUCUUACUUGAACCACCCUUCAUUCAAGGACCUGCUUAAGAAAGCUGAAGAUGAGUUUGGCUUCAAUCACCCGAUGGGAGGUCUCACAAUUCCCUGCAGAGAGGAGACCUUUCUUGAUCUUAUUGCUUCUGAGCUAGCAGCUGGGAUCGGUGAUGAUCAAAUGUUCUACAAUUUUGACACUUCUUUUGCUUUAGUUGCUAGGUUAGCCAGUUGGGUUUUAGACUGGUAA